UGGAGCCGGGCAGAGCUGCAGCCUCUGGGUCUGGGAGCGCUGGAGCGCUGAGCGCUGACAGCAGCGUGCUCCCCUGUGCAAGUUUCCAGAGAGCUUUUCCUCUUGGCACUGCCACAGCCCAGGCUCUGCUCGGCACAGAUGUUCCUCCAGCAGCUCCCAGGAACGCUGCUCCUCGGAUACAAUGUCAUACCCAGAGCUUCGCGGUCCACCUCAGCCUUGUAGGAGGACUCGCUACUGAGGAGAGCGAAUGCUCAGAGAAGCAUGAGAUGCAGGGCUUUAUCUGAUAUUUUAUCUCAGCUAGAGUGGCUGCUGAACUGCCACUGCUUGGCAUAGUGGUGCUUUACACCGCUGCAAAUUUCUUCAAAGCAAACUCUUGGUAAAAUCCUCUGAUUUCCCUCUGAUUGCAAAGCGGUGUGAAGACUGGAAUGAUUUGCCUGUUGGAAGAAUGUUGACUCUCGAGUGGGAGUCGGAGGGACUACAAACAGUGGGUAUUGUUGUGAUUAUAUUUGCAUCUCUGAAGCUGCUUCAUUUGCUGGGACUGAUUGAUUUUUCAGAAGGUUUCCUCUACGCUCAGAACAGUACCAAACGCAGCAUUAAAGAGCGACUUAUGAAGCUCUUGCCCUGCUCGGCUGCCAAAACGACAUCUCCUGUUACUCAAAACACUGUAGAAGAUGAAAUGGAAAUGGCCACAGUACGACAUAGACCUGAAGCUCUUGAACUGCUGGAAGCACAGAGUAAAUUCACAAAGAAGGAACUUCAGAUCUUAUAUAGAGGUUUCAAGAAUGAAUGCCCCAGUGGUGUUGUCAAUGAAGAAACCUUCAAAGAGAUUUACUCUCAGUUCUUUCCACAGGGAGAUUCCACAACAUAUGCACAUUUUCUGUUUAAUGCAUUUGACACUGAUCACAAUGGAUCUGUAAGUUUUGAGGAUUUUGUUAUGGGUCUCUCAAUUUUGCUCCGAGGGACAGUACAGGAGAAACUGAACUGGGCUUUCAACUUGUAUGAUAUAAAUAAGGAUGGAUAUAUAACUAAAGAGGAAAUGCUCGAUAUCAUGAAAGCAAUAUACGACAUGAUGGGGAAAUGCACCUAUCCCGUUCUCAAAGAAGAUGCACCUAGACAACAUGUGGAAACAUUUUUCCAGAAAAUGGACAAGAACAAAGAUGGAGUAGUUACCAUAGAUGAAUUCAUUGAGAGCUGCCAGAAAGAUGAGAAUAUAAUGCGAUCCAUGCAGCUCUUUGAAAAUGUGAUUUAAUGAAGACAUUAGGUCUACAACUAAUGGACAAAUAUGAACUAUUCUGCAACAUUAUCUAAAAAAAUGGAUUUCCCACUUUAUCAUAAAUAAAGUUACUCAGCUUUACACUGAGAAAUGUAUUAUGCAAGUAAAUUUUUUAUUAUAAACCCUUCCCAACAAAAAACCCUUUCUAAAUUAUACAAUCUAGCACUUCCACAAUGGCUAUUCAGUUAAUAGGACUCUACUGAAAAAUCAGGUUCUUACUACAAACUCAAACAAAAUACAACUGACAUUAUGCACCUUUAUUAUCAUUCCAACCUCUAGUUAAAAUAGAUACAAUUACACAGAGAUUAAAUAAAUAUUCUUAGUUUUGCUACUCAUUUGUACUGGACUAAGGUCCAGGUGUUAAAACUUACUUCUUAAAUCUCAAGCUUCUAAUUUAUACAGAGGCAUUACAAUUUAUUUUCUUCUCAUAUUUCUAUAGUGUAGUCCUUAUUUUUGAAUAAAAUUUUGAGUUAAAAUGCUAUAAUAAAUGUGCAAUGCACACCUUGCUAUAAUUGCCUCCCAACUUUGACUUGUUUUUCUCUUCAGAAAAAAAAAACCCAAAACCCAAACAUAACUAAACAGGUAACUUGAGAGUAAGAACUGUUAUAAAACAAAAACAAACAAACAAACAAACAAGUUGCUUAUGGGUAUUCUUAUUCCCUAAAAAUAUGAGUAAACUUCUCUCAAUCUCACCAAGCAAGUAUGCACUUAAUUUAUCAUGACAGGAGUAUCAGAAAUCUUACAUACUGUUAUUUUAAUUCUUCUUGGAUGUGUAUGAGAAGUUCUUUGCUUAAAAUUAAGGAUCUUCUGACUUCCAACUUCUCAUGAAGGAACCUUAACUGGAUCCUAACUCUGCUUUCCUAAGUAUGUGUCUUUCUGCCUUUAAUGAAGAAAAAGGCAUGAAAUUUUGAAAACUGCCAUCCCACUUUAGUGCUGAGAAUGAACAUCACUACAUAGUAACCUCCACUAAUAAUAACUGCUAGAGGCUAACAUCUAUUUCAUCUUUUUGUAAUACCUUUGAGACAAAACCAGAAAAACAAUGAAAACUUCAGCUAUAUAUCAUCUAUAUGUGAUAAAUGCUUUACAUUUUUUAAGAUCAUUUCUUCAUUAAGAUUGGAGCUACUUAAUUCUGAACCUAGAAAGAUUCUUCUAAGAAAGUAUGCAUAUAAAAUAUAACAUUGCCCCUCCAUCCAUGUAAUUUUUAAGAUAUAUUGUCCACAGAGUCUACGCCAAUACUUCAAAAUAGGUGAAAUGCUAUCAGAGAUUGGCCGACCUUCAUUGUGACAUUGCUGCAGAAAGUCUGAAAGGGGAUUAAUGAAGUAGAAAGAAAGUUACAAGAAUUAUUUUGUAAAAAUAAAUCAGGUAUCUAUUCUGGUGUAGAGAUGGGAUGUUAGAGGCAUGUUGAAGGCUGCUCUGCUAUCACCAGUGUAGGUUAAGAGUAGUACAAUACAUGUACACCUGAAAUCUGCUGUAGCGUGUUUGUGUAAACUAAAUGUGCACAUUUUGUAAAAAAAAAAAAAAUCAAAUAAAGUA